CAAGAACGUCAAGGGAUGCAAGGAUUUCAGAAGAGGGUCUUGCAGCCUCAUGAAUACCUUCUUCAUGGACGUAGAAACAGACGUUCCCCACAAUACAGAAUGCAGAAGGAAGCCAUUGCGAUAGGAGCUGAUUUAAACAGGAGAGGCCAGAACGAUAACAUUCAGUGGAAGGCUACUUGGCUCGGGAGAAGCAUGUUACUGCUAGCGCUAUGGGUCGUGAGCCUCUCGGCGCCUGCCUUCUCCCUAACAGCUGAGCAAGAAGCUCAGCAAUUUCUGCACAAGUUCAACACGGAAGCCGAGAAACUGGUCUACCAAUCCUCACUGGCAUCAUGGACGUACAACACCAAUAUCACAGACGAAAACGCUUUGCAAAUGUCCAAUACCGGCUCCUCCACGUCAUCAUCCAAGAUGGUCAUCAUGGUUAAGGGAAGUCGGCUCGGGGGAACUGACGGGAAGAAUAUUUUUCAUCCUCAGGAAUGUACCUCGCGGUCUCUGAGAAAGAUCACUGAGUACAGUCCACAGUGGAGGUUCAUCUUCUACAUGAAGGAGCAGCAAGACGCCACCCUGAGCUUUGAGUCUGCUCGGUACCGAGGCUGGUUCAUCAAUAACCAAUGGAGCAAGCAGGUGGCAGGCAUGAAGAGAACCCUGCAGGAACCCUUGAAUGCAGACUUCAUCUUUAUCUUGGUUAAACUCUGA